AAGUUACUGCAUCUUUUAGUAACUACUGGGAGUUCAAACAUUCUCAAACACCUAAGCAUAACCACACUCUAUGUAUCCAUUCUUAUACAAUUAACUAAUUCAGUUCAACUACAGCUAUUCAACAUUUCAACUCCAAAAUGAAGCUACCCAAAAUCAAGAACUCCAACAAUGAUCACCAUCCUCUACUAAUCAAGAUCUCAACUUUUCAACUACCCUCUUCAAGAUUCACCUUCAAUUUCAUGUUCCUCAUUUCAAUUUUCCAAUUCACAAUUUUUUCAUCAGCGCUCCCAGUACCACCCCCAAUUCCAGUUCUGCCCCUCCCAACCUCACCUCAGCUCUCAUGGCAGCUCUCAGAAAUGGCCCUUUUCCUCCACUUUGGGCCCAACACUUUUACCAACACUGAAUGGGGCUCUGGUCAUGCUGACCCAUCUGUAUUUGCACCCAUGGAUCUCAAUGUGACCCAGUGGGUCAAUGUUGCUAAAGAAAAUGGAUUUUCUAGGGUGAUUCUAACAGCUAAACAUCAUGAUGGAUUUUGUUUGUGGCCAUCUGAUUAUACUGAUUAUUCAGUGAAGUCAACUUCUUGGAAGAAUGGGAGUGGUGAUGUUGUGGGUGAAUUGGCUGAGGCUGCUGCUAAGGCUGGGAUUCAGUUAGGUCUUUAUCUUUCGCCGUGGGAUCGACAUGAAAGGGUCUAUGGGAAGACAAUAGAGUACAAUGAGUACUACAUGGGACAAAUGACUGAGCUACUCACAAGAUAUGGCAUUGUAAAGGAGGUAUGGUUGGAUGGUGCAAAAGGUGAGAAUGAAAAGGAUAUGGAAUAUUACUUUGAUGAUUGGUUUAGUCUCAUUCAUCAACUGCAGCCUGGUGCUGUCAUUUUCUCUGAUGCUGGUCCGGACACGAGAUGGGUCGGAGAUGAAGCUGGUUAUGCUAGCAAUACAUGUUGGUCCCUGUUCAAUUGCAGUGAUGCAACAAUAGGUGGUACUGACACUAAGUAUUCUCAACAAGGAGACCCUUUUGGCCAUGACUGGGUACCUGCCGAGUGUGAUGUCUCCAUCAGGCCGGGUUGGUUUUGGCAUAAAGAUGAAGUUCCAAAAUCUGGGUUGGAUCUCCUUGACCUAUUCUACAAGUCAGUUGGCAGAAAUUGUCUGUUGUUGCUCAAUGUACCUCCUAAUUCAUCAGGUCUUAUAUCAGACAAAGAUAUAGAGGUCCUACGAGAAUUCACCGAGCUGCGGAGCAUAAUAUUUUCCCACAAUUUAGCUGAAAAAGCUAUACUCUCCGGCAGCAGCACCCGGGGAGGUCUCAAUGAUUCUCGGUUUGACGCGAAGAACGUCCUUGAAGAAGGAAUUUAUAGCUAUUGGGCUCCCCGCAAGGAUCAAUCAAGUUGGGUGAUGUAUCUAGAUUUCCCAGAUUUGGUGACUUUUAACGUCCUGCUAGUGCAAGAGCCAAUUCAAAUGGGUCAACGUAUCAUCAGAUUCCAUCUUGACAUCUUAACCGAAAAUGGAGAAUGGCAGAAAGUGGCUAAAGGCACUACAGUGGGAUAUCGAAGGCUUCUCUUGUUUCCUGAAGUAGAAACACAUGGCUUACGGCUUGUUAUUGACAAGUCUCGGGCAGACCCCCUGAUUUCUUAUUUGGGAGUUUUCAGAGAUCCAUUUACCAACACAAACAUUGUGGAUUCUACUAAUGUUGUCCCUAAACAAGACUUCAGAUACAGGUUACUCAGCAAGAUACAAACAAAACUCUUCGGAUGGCUUCAAUCUAGUUUUUAGAUGAUUUGUAUUUACUUGAAAAAAAUUUAGUGCUUCUCAUCUUCGAUGUCUGGAAUCUGGCCUGCAAGUGUAUUGUAACUUUACACCUAUUGUAUAUUUUUUACGGUUCUUCAAUUGUUGAAGAUUAGUCAA